UAACCACCUACAAUAAUAGUUACGAAAAAAAUAUCGGAUUUUAAUGAAAAUGUUUAUUGCAAUGGAGGUGAAAGAGUCAUCUUACCUUUUUACCAACAAGACCGUUAAGUAAUGAUGAUUUUCCAACAUUGGGAUGACCUAAACAAGACAGGAGACAAUCUUCACGCGAUCAUUCAUAUGAUGUAAGCAACUUUUGGGCGAUGAGAAAAUAAUAUGGAAUAGUGAACGAUGAAAGUCGGAGUGCUUCGGAGUAUUAAGAGAAUCGGGUUUUUGAUGGAGCAUUCAUUAAAUCCUGACACUCAAGAGAAUGAUGAAAUUCAUUCGGAUUCAGAAGGUCAGAUACCUGUAGUACAGACGUCCUUGGAUGUUCUAAGCAAUAUCGCUUGUGAAGAUGAAAAUUUUGAUGGAACAAAUCAUGAAGUUAAUUCAAAUGUGCAGAGUCAGAGCUGUGAUGUUGGAACAUGUGACGAUGCCAGUAUUGAAACCAGCACAAAUCAUGUUAUUUCUGCUGAAUAUUUUGAAGAAUAUCGCUCACCAGAUAGUGAUGCGAAUAUUGAAGUUGAUCAAGACACUUCAUGUGAAAGUGUAUUGCGUAAGAGCAUAAGAGCUCGAAGACCUAGAAAAAUGUCACCUGGAAGUAGCGAAUCAAGCGUUGUAAACAAGAAACCUAGAAUGAGCAGAUAUUCAAAAAGGGCAAAGACAAAAAAUGUUCCAUUUAAAUGUGAUCUAUGUGGCUCAAGUCAUAUAACAGACCCUUCUCGACGUGGUAAUAGACUUCGGCUAUCAAUGCAUGCACCAAGUCCGAGACAUAAACUGGACCCAGAAACAGGAAAGAUGCUUACUUUAUGUAAUGCUUGUGGUUUGUCAUUUAACAGAACAAAAGUGCGGAGACCACAAGCUAUUUGUGAUCCAGAAGCAAAGAAUGCUUAUCUUGUAGAAGCUCAACAAUUUGCUUCCUCAUUGGCAGAAGGUCUUAAUGACCAAGAUGCUGCAAGACUGUAUUGUCCUCAGUUUAAAACAAGCUCUUGUGGUUGUUUGCAAAAAUACAUAUUGGCUGAAGGCAAUUUGGACGAGUCUCGUCAACGAGCGCUUAAGUUGGUAGAACUACUAAAGCAGUCAAAGGUUCUUUCCAAACAGAAAUGUUAUCAAACUGAAGAAAGUUCUACACUUUCACCUGAGAAGAAAGGAAAGAAAGGGAAAGGCAUUGGGCUUGGAAAUGGCCAAAGAAAGUCAAAAGCCUUUGAAGAUUUCAUUUUAGAACAACGUGUUUAUCUCCGGGAAGAACUAAAAUUAUGUGAACAAGCCACUCAAAGGGUUCUUUGCUAUUCCAAUAAUUUCUUACAUAAGAGAUUAAAAACUGACCCAUCGAAACCAUUGCGUGUACAAAGGCAGAAAGGUCAAGCAGCUCUUGGAAAGUUGAAGUCAAUUGAAGAACUUCAGAACGAGACAUGUUGCGUGGAUAAAUGUGUUAAUAUUGCUAGCACUCAUAGCAAAUUACUACAACAAUGGCGCGAACGGUCAUCAAAAGGACAAGCUGAAGCUCGCCGAGUUUUAGCCGAAAUGUUGACACCGUCUGGGGGUGCACGAUCUAACUGUUAUAGAUUCAUAUCUUGGGUGACUGGUUGCAGCCAUAGUACUAUCGGUCGUGUCAACGAACAGAUGAAGAAAACAGGAGGAGACCGUGAGCCGCCUGCGCAUGGGCUGAUCACGUGGUGGAAGGAACACCCAAAACCAAAGAAAACGAAGGCAAAGCCAGCUUUGCAAAAUACAUCGCAUACUGUUCAGAUUCAAAACUUUACUAAUUCUCAAAUCCAAGCGUUGCACCAGCUGGGUAUUUUACCCACAACAAUGUUGUCAGGACAUAAUCCUCAGCAUGUUUUAACCAUCAAUACACCUCUUGGAGCAAAUGGACCUGCAACAACUCAGGCACAAACCUCAAAUAGAACACUGGUGCUUACUCCUACACAACAUACACAGCUACAAAUUCAGCAAUUGCAACAACAGCAGCAACAAUUACAACUUCAGACAUUGCAACUUCAGCAACAACUACAACAGCAGUUGCAGCAAGAACAGCAACAUCUUUCAAGUAAUCCUAAUGAUCAAAACCAGACGAUUAUUCAAAUUCCAAGUCAAGUCGUAUCAACACCCGAAGGAUCUUGUCUAACAAUAGCACAAUCUCACGAAUUUCCUGCUGGAUCUUUCACCUCUACCCUGAAUCCCACCUCCCAAACUCAAGGUAUUAUGAACAGUAAUCCAAGCAGUAAUUCACAGACAACAGCCAUUAGUACGGAAACAUUUUUGACAUCUGAUACAAUACAAAUCCUCAGUUCAGGACAAAUGCAGUCAGUAUUACCACAUGUUGUAACAUUACAAUGUUCUAAUGAGGCAAAUACAACACAAGCUUUACCUGUAUCGCUUAUACAUACUCAAACUAACUUAUCAAUGUAAAUAGUGAAAACUUUUGAAUGCGAAAGAUGAUUACUGUAA